GCAGAACACGUACACGGGCUACCACCUGGGCUCGUACGCGCCGCAGUGCCCGUCGCCGCCUAAAGACGACCGCUGCUGGGGAAGCCACCAUGGCAACUCGCUGGCCAUUUCCAUGCUGCCGUACGGCAACCGGCAGGCGUCCCCGGACAGAGAAGUCACAGUACAUCGUGCUCAACGUUUGCCUUUUCAUGUCGUGUUAAAGGAACUUGCAAUGGCACUACCUAAAUUGUUACAAGCUAAGCACGGAGGGAAGUUCCGUAUGAAAAUUGUUUGUGGACAUUGCGAGGAAGCAGAACCUUCCCAGUGA